CACCUUCAAUACAAAAGAGAGAGAGAGAGAGAGUGUGUGUGUGAAAGCUUUAACAGACUUAGAGUUAGGGAAAAUAUUUAACAUGGGUCACCACUCAUGCUGCAACCAGCAGAAGGUGAAGAGAGGGCUCUGGUCUCCUGAGGAAGACGAGAAGCUCAUCAGAUACAUCACCACUCAUGGCUAUGGCUGUUGGAGCGAAGUCCCUGAGAAAGCCGGGCUUCAAAGAUGCGGGAAGAGCUGCAGGUUGAGGUGGAUAAAUUAUUUGAGGCCUGACAUCAGGAGAGGCAGGUUCACCCCAGAGGAGGAGAAGUUGAUCAUCAGCCUCCAUGGGGUCGUAGGCAACAGAUGGGCUCAUAUUGCGAGCCACUUGCCAGGAAGAACAGACAACGAGAUCAAAAACUACUGGAAUUCAUGGAUCAAAAAGAAAAUUCGGAAGCCGUCGCCGGCUUCAAUGACAAAUGUUCCUCCCAGUACGUCUUCCGAGCACUCCCUUUUGAACCACAGCUCUAACCAAAUCAGCUGUGCGAUCCCGGAUUUAAUGGCAGCAAAGAUGCCUGUACAGGAAACCCUAUUCUCUUCCCCUUGCCCUCUAUUUAUGUUCGACACCGCCUCGCUCGAAGGGCUCGCGGAGAAUAACGAACAGCAAGACCUUUUCACUGAUGCGGUCACGGCGAAUUCCGCCGGCACCUGGAACUUGAAUCACCAGCAAUUCCACACCACACUCCCGCUGCCUCCCCCGCCUUAUACAAGCGGAAGCGCGGAUGCUAAUUAUUUGCCGCCGUUGAUAGAGAACGUUGAGAACAUGUUGAACAUCGGGGCACAAUCUAGUAGCAUCGACGAGGAAGGCGAUCGGAUAGCCCUAGAAUGCUUUCAGCGGCAGGAGUUGAACGAAUGGGUCGAAUCCCACCAGUGCCCAAAUUUUCUCUUGUGGGAUAACGUGGAAGGGCCUUUCGGUGGGGAAGACAUUGCGCCGACUUCGACGACUGUCGGAACUUCAACUAUGUCUUCCUUCCCUUCGUCUCUCUGGGUCUUGAAAUGUUAUGAAGAACUCGAGGUUGAUCAUCGACUUUCAAGGGUUUUCCUGCAACAGUUGCACCCAUUUCUGCCGAAGAGCUCCUGGUCUCGGCUCACUGCCGCCGUCAGUUUCUCCUUGGUCUGUGCUCUGCUCAUAGCGAACAUGAUUAUUCCUGAGAAGAACCGCCGUGAGAUCUCAAAGUACCUCUUCCAAGAGGGAGUUUGCUAUGCGAAGAAGGACUACAAUCUCGCAAAGCACCCAGAUAUAGAUGUCCCAAAUUUGCAGGUGAUAAAGCUUAUGCAGAGCUUCAAAUCGAAAGAGUAUGUGAGAGAGACAUUCGCUUGGAUGCAUUAUUAUUGGUAUCUCACCAAUGAUGGAAUUGAGUUUCUGAGAACCUACCUCAACCUCCCUUCUGAAAUUGUCCCUGCCACCCUGAAGAAGCAAGCUAAGCCACUUGGUCGGCCCAUGGGUGGUCCACCUGGUGAUCGUCCUCGUGGCCCACCAAGAUUUGAGGGAGAACGGCGAUUUGGUGAUCGUGAAGGUUAUCGUGGAGGUCCUAGGGGACCUGGUGGUGAGUUCGGUGACAAGAGUGGAGCACCCGCUGACUACCGCCCUUCAUUUGGGGGACCUGGUGGAAGACCAGGCUUCGGUCGUGGUGGCGGUGGAUAUGGUGCUGCAUCAGCUAGCGCAGAUCUUGCUUGAAUGGUUGACAAGCUUCACAGCCAUUAAUUUUGUAGGGUGGCAAUAGGAAGGGGACCGAGUCAAUGCGGUUGCUUUUCCUUAAUAGUUUCAAAUUAGGCGUCUUGAAAAGAUUUUAUACUUAGUCUUUUUGUGCGACUAUACUGGCUCAGCUAAGCUUUUGUCUUCAUAAUCGUUUUUAAGGUCUUGUUUGUGACAAAGAAGUGAAUAAUAUAUCCCUGUUCAGUGCAGAAGUAGAAAAUUCAUCA